AUGGGGGCCCCCAACUCCUCGGGGUCCCCAGAGGGCCUUGGGGGCCCCCCACAGCUUAUGCGCGAAGAUGUUAGGAGCCAAGGGGCCCCUGGGCUGGAAUCGUCUUGUGCGGAGAAGGGAUCGUCUUGUGACGCGCUGGGAUCGUCUGGGGAUCCGGCUUUGGGUGCAUUUGAAUCCUUUGCUGAGGCACGUAGCGGGGGUGGCAGCAAGGUACGUGAUGAAGCAACGGGGAAAUAUGUGUUUCAAACGUUUCGGCAGCAGCUACAGCAGCAGCUGCAGCGCGGGCAGCCAGGGGCCCGGCACCUGUCCGCCCUCGAUAUCGUGGAGAUUUACAACAAGGCAGAGAGAAGGCCUUGGAAAAGACUGAAGGAAGGGGCAGAUGAUCAAGAGGCAGAUGAGUCCCGCAAGCGCAUUGAGACGGAGGCAAGUGAUUUUGCACGGCUUGUGGGCCUCAUAUUGCAAGGAGUUGAGGCCCGAGGGCGUGGGCGGCAGCUGUUAGUACACCUCAGCGGCUUCGCUGCAUCUCUGCCACUGCUGCUGCUGCAACGUGAAGAAGUGCUGCAGCUGCUGCUGCAGCACCUGCGGAAUGAAGACACAUACGGCAUCGUGCUGCAGCUGCUGCCUGCCCUAGCCAAGGACCUGCGGCAAGAGUUCCUGGGCUACUUUCAGAGAUGCAUCGGGGCGCUGCAUCUUUUGCUGUUUGACCUGGAAAGCCGCCACGACGCCGACGGAGUUCAGAAGCUCUUUCAGUGUCUCACGCAGAUAUUCAGAUAUCUGCACAAGUACCUCGUAUUGAACAUGGAGGACUUUCUGGACAUCAUGCUGCCGCUGCUGCUGCACAGUGCGCCACCUGGGGCCUCACAGAAGCGCAAGCGGCCGCAGGCUGAAGAGCAGCAGCAGGAGCCACAACAGCAACAGCAGCAACAGCAGCAACAGCCGCAGCAGUCUGAUGAGCAGCAGCUCACCAGCCAUCAGUCGCAGGACCAGCACCAGGAGCCGCGGCAGCCUCCCCUGAAACGCAAGAUGAAGGAGAGGCAGCAAAAAGAGUCUGUUAAACGACAGGUUCAUAGGCGGCUGCGCCCCCCUCAGAAGCAGCGGAAAGAUACAGCUGAGGUGAAGAUCUUCGGCAGCUCGCUUAUGGCCGCCCAAGCUGUUGCAACGGUCAUAAGAAGGGCUGCACGAGACGAAGAAACUUUCUAUGAUUGUAUUGCCUCCAUUACGGAGUAUUUUCUAGUGGCAGGGAGGGACCUUUGCCUUUCCCAUGUCGUUCAACAGCAGCUGCAGCAGCAGCUGCAGCAGCAGCUCCAACAGCAGAUGGAACAGGCAGCUGAAAAAGCAGCUGAAACAACAGCUAAAACAACAGCUGCAACAGGAGCUGCAACAGAAGCUGCGACAGAAGCUGCAACAGCAGCUGCAACAGCAGCUGCAACAGAAGCUGCACCAGCAGCUGCAACAGCGGCUGCAACAGGAGCCGCGUCGUGCAGCCGUUACUGCCUCCCUCCCCCUGUGCUCGUGGGCUGCUGCACCUUAGCGGACGCAGCUGCUUCAUGGUUUUCCUCUUCUCCGAGGAGCAGCGGCAGUUUUGAUGCAUACAUUCAAAAGCUGCUCGAGACUCUUCUACCCUUCUGUGUGUCUGCAUCUGGAGCCACCAGUGCAAUCAAGGGGGCCCCCUCAGCUUCAGCGGCCGGGGGAGAGCCUCAGCUGCAGCAGCAGCAGCCACCUGCGCUUCCCCCAUUGCUGCAGCCGCUGCUGUGGAAUUUCGGUUCGAGUUCAGACUGCAAUGCAACGGUUGCAGCAGCAGCAGUUGCUGUGCUGCUGCCUUGCAGCCUCCUUCGGGUCAUCGUCUGUGCAUGGAGGGCUCUGUCUGCCAGCUACACAAAGGCCGUGCCCUCGACAGAUAAUCCUUUCCAGCAUUUGCUACCAGCUUUGUUGACUGUUCAGCGAUAUCAGCGCCAGCAGCAGCUGCAGCAGCAGCUGCAUCCGUUGCAGCAGGUGGAAAAGGAGUGGUGGCAAGGCGUGGUGCUCGAGCGGGUGCUGGAGGUGUUUCUAUGCAGCUUGCGGAUGCUGCUGCUUGCGCCUGCCCCAGUUGAGGGUUUUUCUUCUCUUUGUCUUCGUUACUCAGUUGAAUUCCUCGCAUGCCAGCCUUUGGCUUUGAGUGAUGGGCUGGCUCAGCAGGUGAAGGCGCUGCACGAUAGCGACAGCUUCCUCUCUUCUAUAGAGGGUCAAGUGCAGCAACAGCAGCAGCAGCAACUGAUGCUGCAGCGGUUCUUCUUUUCAAAAGAAGAAGGAGUACAGCAGCAGCUGCUGGUAGGAGAGAUAUCAUCGUGGAGAUGGGCGACAGCCAGCUCGCUGUUAGCCAACAUCAUACAAAACUAUGGAAGGAAAGACAGGGCCAUGGGGACCGGGUCAACGUGUGCAGCGAUUCGUCUGCUGCUGCGUCUUCACCUCGAGAGCUGUUUGAGAGGCACUUGCGUCGUGCUGCAGCGUCUUGAGAAAGAUUUAAAAACGCAUAUUUGUAACAGCAAAGAAACUGAAGAAGCAGCAACAGAUGACACUGCCGCCACACAGAUGGAGAGGCGUAUAGCGAGCGCAUUCGUGGGCCUACAGUGGUUAUGGGAGCUGCGGGAGGCUCUGCUUUCCUAUGGUGACGAUGCAUCAACGCCACCACAUGCAGAUAGAAUACAACUGACAACGGGUGCGAGGAUUGCUGCUGUCCAGCUGCAGCAGCAACAACAGAACCUCCUCUGUCUGCUGCUUGAGGCUGCCCAGCAUGCGCAGCAAAACGCUACUCUUCGCGGUGCUCUUCUUCUUCUUUUCAGCCGCAUCUUCGUGACCUUCCUCUCACUCCCUCGACUCAUGACACCUCAAGAAGGGGAGGAAACAAUUCCCUGCUCCGGCCCCCCGGAGCAUCUGACACAGCUCUGUGCAGCGCGUCUAAGUGAGGCUGCUGCUGCAUGCAGUGCAACAGCUACUGACACCACCGGCAAAGCCAGCAGCUCGUGCUGUGACUGCUUCGGAAGCUGCAGCGCGGGACACACAACCGUUAUAUCUGCUGCAGAGUUCGAAGGGGCUCGUCGCUUCCUCCUUUCCAGCAGCAGCACAGACGAUGCAGAUUCUGCUGCUGCAGCGCCACCGCCUGACAGCGUACCUGCUGCUGCUGCAUCGUAUGCGCAAUUCAUUUCUCCUGUUGAGUCGUUGAAUGUAGUUGUACGCAGCCUGCUGCAGAAGCUGGAGGCCCUGGAGAAGCUCAAAGUCGAUUUGGACACAGAGCGAUCCAAGAUACAGCUCAUCCACUCUUGCGCGGAGGAGGCGCGGUCUAUUCAGGAGAGGUUAACAAGGGUAGAGGCAAGAGGGGCAGCAGCUGCAGGGCCCCAGUGCGGCGGACUUGUGCUGCUGCUGCAGUUAGCCUACCGCGUGCUGCUUGCAGGCCUCUCAGUAAAGUUCGCUACAGUGUGGCCUGAGGUGGUGGAAGCUGUCACCGACACCGUAGAGGCCUUUCAGGCCUUCGUUCUUCCUCCUCUCGCAUUCUCUCCCCACACUUCCGCGGACGGCUCGGGGGCUGCAGAACAGCAGAAGCUGCGUGCGCUGCCGGCGGAGCAGCAGCAGCGGAAUGCAGCACUCGCUUUUGUGUGGAGCCUUGUGGUAUCUGAGACACACAGAGCGCUAGGCCAACUCGACCAAACCCAGCAGCAGCAGCAGCAGCAGCAGGAAGAAGGGAAUCAGCUGCAGCAUGCGCAUCUUCGUGAGGCAGCAGGUUCUGCUAUAAACAGUUGUCAAGACUGUGUCUUAAGCGCAUGGACAGCAGCUCGAGAAGAUGAAGUUGCUGCUGAGGAGACAGCACCCCUCCAGCGGCAUUCUCAUCUCUUGCGAAUUUUGCAACGCUUUGGCUCUCGUGCAGCAACAGCUACUGACGCCACCGGCAAAGCCAGCAGCCCGUGCUGUGACUGCUUCGGAAGCUGCAGCGCGGGACACACAACCGUUAUAUCUGCUGCAGAGUUCGAAGGGGCUCGUCGCUUCCUCCUUUCCAGCAGCAGCACAGACGAUGCAGAUUCUGCUGCUGCAGCGCCACCGCCUGACAGCGUACCUGCUGCUGCUGCAUCGUAUGCGGUGGGGCCCGAAGGCAAUUGGUUUAAAUGUGUGCUGAGUUUCACAUUGUCUUCGCAUUACACCUCGAUAUACACAAACCCUCAGGGGACAACGAACGGGGAGGCAGCAGCAGCGGCUAGUCUGCAUGCAAGUCCAGCUCUUGUCAAGAGUCUUUGCUUGGCUUUGAGGCUGCUCAACAGCAGCGGCCUUUCAGAGGGGAAGGACGUGCAGCAGCAGUACUGCAUGCGGGAUUUGUGUCUGAUGGCGGUUAAGGCUUUGUUGCCGAAUUUGUCUUCGGGCUCUCCUCAGCUUCGUCUGUGGUCUCUGCGCUUUAUCAGCAGUUGCGAUCCCUCCUCCCUGUUAACAUGUUCCUGCUGCAGCUGCUGCAGCACCGUGGUAGGGCGUCCUAGCUGCUGCCCUCUGCAGCAAUUCAUUUCUCCUGUUGAGUCGUUGAAUGUAGUUGUACGCAGCCUGCUGCAGAAGCUGGAGGCCUUGGAGAAGCUCAAAGUUGAUUUGGACACAGAGCGAUCCAAGAUACAGCUCCUCCACUCUUGCGCGGAGGAGGUGCGGUCUAUCCAGGAGAGGUUGACAAGGGUAGAGGCGCGAGGGGCAGCAGCAGCAGGGCCCCAGUGCGGCGGACUUGUGCUGCUGCUGCAGUUAGCCUACCGCGUGCUGCUUGCAGGCCUCUCAGUAAAGUUCGCUACAGUGUGGCCUGAGGUGGUGGAAGCUGUCACCGACACCGUAGAGGCCUUUCAGGCCUUUGUUCUUCCUCCUCUCGCAUUCUCUCCCCACACUUCCGCGGAUGGCUCGGGGGCUGCAGAACAGCAGAAGCUGCGUGCGCUGCCGGCGGAGCAGCAGCAGCGGAAUGCAGCACUCGCUUUUGUGUGGAGCCUUGUGGUAUCUGAGACACACAGAGCGCUAGGCCAACUCGACCAAACCCAGCAGCAGCAGCAGCAGCAGCAGGAAGAAGGGAAUCAGCUGCAGCAUGCGCAUCUUCGUGAGGCAGCAGGUUCUGCUAUAAACAGUUGUCAAGACUGUGUCUUAAGCGCAUGGACAGCAGCUCGAGAAGAUGAAGUUGCUGCUGAGGAGACAGCACCCCUCCAGCGGCAUUCUCAUCUCUUGCGAAUUUUGCAACGCUUUGGCUCUCGGUGGGGUAGCUGGGCCUUCUCACGCACAAGACAGAAGCAGAAGCAGCGGCAGUCCCUAGUUGAUGAUGGCAAUGAAGAUGCAGCCGCAGAAACUAAGGAGACACAACAACAGCCAAAUGCAGCUCAGGGGGCAAUGGCCUGGAGACGUAGCUUCUCUCAAAAUGCUCUCCGCUUCUUGCUGAUGUAUGGACGGUGUAUUGCUCUUCAACUAACCCGUUCCGCUGACAGUCGAAAUCAACUCGAGACAAGCGAGGGAGUGGAUGAAGAUAUGCUAACCCGUUCCGCUGACAGUCGAAGUCAACUCGAGACAAGCGAGGGAUUGGAUGAAGAUAUGACUUUAAUGCUUUGUCGGGAGCUGCAGCAGGUGCUGAAGCCGUACUAUCCUGUGCUGGAGGAGGCGUUGAGGGACAAGGGGGGUGCACCUUCUAGUCUGCUGCGCCUUGUGUUGGGGAGAGAAGAAGCUGAGUUCCAGCUGUUGCAUCGAACAGCAGAAACAAAGGAAGACGUCGUGUUGUUGCCUCAGCACCGAGACUUUAUGUUGCCUCUUAUCGUUCGUCUCCUCAUCAGCAAGACCCAAGUGAAAAUGGGGAGGUCUCCUGGAGUUGUGUUGGCAAACCGGCGAAGAAUAUUCGGCUUGCUGAGCAGCCUUGAGGAGACGGAGAUUUCAAUGGUGCUGGCGGUGUUGUCGCUGCGGCUGCUGCGCCUGACUCCCCGUGUCAGUGACCCUGUUGCUGCUUCACGAGAAGAAGAUAUAAGGGCUUCAACUCCUCUAGAGGGUAUGGAUAAGGAGCGGGCACUUGUCUCCUUCAUUCGUUGGCAAUACCGCAGAGCAAAGAGCUUGGGAGACGCUGCCUCUUGGGCUGCAGCUGCUGGUACUGCUGCUACUACUGCUGCCGCUGCAGCAGCUGCUGCUGCUGUUGACUCCAAGUGCGAGGAGGCGGCGGAGGAGCCCCCAGUCUAUGUGACCCUAUCAGAUCAGCUGCUGGGGCCAUCAUCAUCAACUCAGCUGCACGGGCUUCUCAAGUCGCUGCAGCAUCUGGUUCAGAUGCAGCAGCACACAUUGAGGCCAGCAGCACCUUUCCUGGUGUUUCUCUUUGGCGAGAUUCUCCAGCAACUUGUUUCUGUGAAGCCUGAAGACAACGCCGUCACCACCGGGGUGGGGGAGGUUGUAAGAGAGGAAACAGAUAAACCGGAUGCUGAAGAACAGCAAACAGAGAGAGAGAGAGCGUUGGAUGAAGCUGAUGACACCACUGAACUCAUACCAGGGGAGCGGAGAGGCGAGGUGGCUAGUGCUGCAAUCAAUGCAAGACACAGAAAACACUGCAUUCGAAUCGCGAUUGACGCGCUGCAUCGGCUCUUCAACGCCUUUCCGGACUUUGUUGGGGCGUGGAUAAUGCUGCUGGCUCCAGCAGCAAAUGCGCUGCAGCUGCUUCUUGCAACAGCGGUAGAGACGGGGGCAACGGGCUCUUCAGGGGAUAUCAAGGGGGGCAGCAAGUGCCCUGCAGUUGUGCGUUUCGUUGCUUCCUGGGCAUCAAACGCGGAUUACUUUGUGCUGUACGAACAACUGCUCCCCAAGGCCCUCCCGUGUCUCCUUGGGGCUAUAGGGUCUGACCCGCUGCUGCGGUUCCUGCAGCGCAGCAAGAGAAACACGACACCCCUGCUGGAGGUGGCGAUAGAGACGGCUUUGCUGCUAUCGUUUGGAGGCCGCACAAAGGAGCAGCAGGAGGAAGAAUUGCGGCUGUCUCGGCGUGAAUUCAAUGCUAUGAAACAUGUAAAUGAGAGGAGACGCCGACGCACGGGCUACCAAUCAUCUUCUUCUGAUGACAGCGACGAAGAGGAGCAGAACGAACAAGAAAAGGGGUUUAUAGAGAGCGACAAGACAGGGUCUCUGAAAACCUUUAAAGAGGCUUACGAGGCCUUGCAAAGACAACAGCAGCUUCAACAAGAACGAGGGAUACAAGUGUUGCUUCCUCACUUAAGCAUUUUGCUGCACGGCAUGGAGUUGCUGCUAACUGCAAGAAGAGGCGCGACUGCCCGCAAGCAACAUGAAGAGCAGCCAGCAACCCAGCAACAACAAAAACGACUGCAACAACAGCAUCAGCAACAACCCCUCGCUGUCUCUGAAGGGGCCACUGCUCCGCCUCUGCAGGACCCAGCGCAGCCCCAGCCCCUAACGCAGCGGAGAGAGAGACUGCUCCUUGUGGGAUUCAAAGAGCUGCAGCUUCUCACCCGCCUUGCUGCUUAUGCAUGCGCGGACAAGGGCCUACAGCAAGCCUCGUCUGUGAGUAAAGUUUCUGCUUCUGAUGAACUUGCAAUUCCAACGACAGCAAAGCUGGUUCGCCUGCUGCUUCUUUCCUUGCCUCUACGUGUUCGAUCGGGGGGUGCAGCAGCGCGGCAGCAGCUCACACUUGCGGCUAUACAGGGGCUGCUCCCGUCUGUGGCUAGCUGGAGGCGGUCUAUAGCGUCUACCUCUGACGCAGGAAGUGAAGACCUGCAGUGCCGCGCUGCUACAGCUGAAGUGCUGCUGGCGACAGAACUCGCUGCAUGCGGAUGCGAACUGCCUGAGGCUGUUCUCUCGACACAGAUCCGUGACUUUGCAAUGAAGGAGCUGAGUACUUACCGACGUGCUGAGGAAGAGGGGGAAGAUGCAUCACGAACAUCUGCUAAUGCCCUGCCUUCUCUCCUAGAAGAGAGCAGCGGCAGCAGCGGCAGCAGCACAGCGGCUCUACCCAGCAGUAGGGCACUGACACGGGCAGCCACGUGGCGUGUCAGCGUCGCCCUUGUGAUGGUCUGUGCAAACCUCCUGAAGGGGGGGGCCUACGGGGCCCCGGAGGAUCAGAGGCCAGAUGUAGACAUGCAGAUGUUAGUAUUGCUGACGGUGGUGGAGAACUACCUAACUCCUCCUGCCCUGGCCGGAUAUACUGCUAAUGCAUCUGAGGAGCAGCAGGAGUUCUCAGCAGCAGGGGCGAAGAAGGAUGAAGACGCAGAUGCAAAAGAGAAAGAACCAGCAGAUACACCGCAAGGGGUGCAAAAGAGUGCUGAGGCGGAGCCUCUCCAUGCACAAGGAUCCCCGAUGCCUCCUUCGGCUCGCUUACACCUCCCUGCCUCCGCAUUCGAGCCCGUAGUGCAACACAUGCUGUACCUUCUCUCUGAGUGCUCCGACGACCUCACGUUGCAGCACGUGGCUCUGACGAUCGUCCGCAAGGCAGCUGUGGCUCUAGGUGCAGCGGCCUCUGCAGCAGCAACGCGGCGAACAGCAGCGCAGUUUGCUGCAGAUCAGCAGCCACAACAGCAGCAGGAGCUGCAGCAGGACGAGGAACAGGAAGAGAAGAUUCUCAGCGGAUGGCGUUGA